AAACUGUCUUGUAACAUAGCAAAUAUCAUACUGUGUUUACAAGCAUUGGAAGAUGUGGCAGGUGUCAGUGUGUGUGUGUGUGUGUGUGUAUGAUAUUAUAUCGAUAAUGCAGGAAUCUAGUUUCUAGCUAACAUCGGAAUGGUAUAAAAUAAAACUUCGUGGCGGUAACACAUAAUUACCUAUAUCUAUACACACACACACACACACACACACACACACAGUCAUAUCUUAUUAUAGUACCCGUUAUAUUAUUAUUGUACCUAUACGAUUUAACAAUGGAUACGAUGAGCGGUGGUGCGGACGACAUAACGAAAGAAAAAGAAGACAACGAACGCUAUACAAUGAGACCGAAAUUGAAGUACUCGCUGUCAUACUGCCCGUCCAUGUCUCGGCCGUUGGACUUUAGCGUCAAAGGUCCCGUGCCGAUUUACAUACACAAAAAACAGAAAGUACUCACUGGUUGUUCAUACAUCGAACUCAAAUUGCAAAAACACUCAAAGGUAGGUGAAAUAACGUUCAGAAACUAUUACACGGCCAGCGUGAGCGUACUACUGUUAAGAUCGAAUACUCUACAAGGACCGCCAAUGGGAUCGAGGAACUGGGAGGUAGGCAUCAAGAACCGAACUCUAAUGAACCAGCCGCAUUGCGAAAACGGCGCACAAGACUAUUUCUCGCUGUUUUUCACCGAGGCAUGGAACAACGUUUCAAAGCUUAAAAUCAUACUUAGACAACCAUCGCCAAUGUGUAAGACGUUUCAUUUAGAAGAGAUCAAGCUGUAUGCUGAUGUACCUCGAUUCAGCAGACCGUUUUUUGAGCAAAAACUACCGCCUUAUUUAAUUCAUAAUACCACAACAGCCAUUUCAUGGAGACCGAGUACAAGGACCUGCAACGAAAUGCAAUUUGUACAUAGGCCAGACUCGAAUAACAAGACUCAAUGUCUUUGUUAUGUAGUUGAACAAGUGCCAAAUACUUAUGACAGUUCAAAGAUAGCGUAAGUUAAGAGCUUUAAAAAAGGUUCAUGUCAUCAAACAAAAUAACUAUGAACAUAUAAUUUUAACACAUGCACAACAAUAAUAA